AUGGCACAAAAAUUACUAACGCCAUUCAAAAAGCUGCCCCAGCAGAUUCAAAAUCUGCCCUUUCUUUCCAAAUUGCAAGAUUUGACGACUGGAAGACAAUCAGGAUCUCCUGAUUCUCAUUGCGCUUCUGUAUAUGGGAUCAUGGAACAACCUGUUGCCUUAGCAUACGACCAAGAUUUGUGUCUUAUUGCAGUUGCCUAUGCUAAUGGACACAUUGAAGUUUAUGGAAUGCCUGGACUUUCUUUCCCGGUUGAUUCCGCGAUCUCGGGAAUAAAAUUCAUGGAGUUUCUGCGUAAUGAAGGGCGUCUUUUGUUGGCUACUUCUUCAUGCCUCAUCAUUCUUGAAUUGAACGCUUCCUCUGGUCACUGGGAGAAGAAGCAUUCUGUUCAUUUCUCUUUUGAAUCUGAAGAGGUGAUCACAGCAUGGGCAAUUGGCAAUGGGGUAGUGUAUGUUGGUUCAUCCACUGGUACGCUAAGACAAGUGGCUGUAGAGAAUGGAAACAUGACUGUUGGUGACGAUGAUUUGACUUCUCUUCCUGCUCUUCUCGUCCUGAACAAAUUGCCUGAGGACAAACGCGAGAGUUUGAAGUUGAAUACUGCGGUCGUGUCAAUUGAACUUCAUCCACAGAGUGGGGAAUUGCUUCUUGGAUACGCCGGUGGUACGGCAAUUGUUGCUCAGCCUCAACCCAUACCUGUUGCUAUGACGUAUACCGAAGAGAACAUUCAAGCGGAGUCUUCUGAGAAGCCAGAGGAGACUGAGUCGGAGAAGAAGUCAUUAGAUGAAAUCGAUGUCCCCGCUGAGUCUACUGCUCAGGAAGUAACAAAACAAGAUAAUAAGGAGGAAGCUCCACCUGUAUUACCAGCUACACAUUCAUUGAAAAAAAGCAAGACCACUGAACGUCAUGUUGCUGCUAAUCUGCAUUCUAUUCGCGCCCAAGCUACUGAGAAAUUCCGAAAUUUCUCAAAGACAAUCAAGAGCAAGAUUGAUAAUACGCUGAAUGAGGAGAAACCUACACUUCCAAUUCUCCCUGUACCUCCGAGCCCACUUGUCACUCGUAUUCUGCCUUAUACACAGGCUCUGUGUUGUGCUACAUGGAGGAUUGUUCCAUCUAUACUAGCCUCUGAAAGUGCUCCGAGCGCCUCCCUGGAAGCACUUGUUGCCUAUGAUGAUGGCGCAUAUCUGACUUGGACUAUUUCCAAGUUAGAAUCAGAGGUCGAGGAACCUCUCAUUGUUGUCAACCAGGAAGUAGCUAGUGUACCCUAUGGUCCUCUUCCUUGCUCUGCUAUUCAACGUAUUGUUGCUAGACCAUCAGUCAACGGUGGAGUUAUAACUGCUUUUGUUGGAGGUCUACCGAGGGCCCAACAUGGUGAAAAACACACCAUCAGUGUGCUUGGAGGCGUUGAAGAGCAUGUUUGCUUCCAAUUCGGUUCAGCUGUCCGUGACUUUGUCAUUCUACCUAGUAAAUCCCAGUGCAAGUGCCAUCAAGACAGCCCCAACGCUAAUAAGGAACUGAUUCAUAAAGAACUCACCUUAUUAGAGCAAUGUUUUCUUCCAGCAGAAGCUGAAGAACUGGCCGAUAAGGAGAAAAGUGAAGAAAUGGAGAUCAAACAUCCAGUCGAACCACCAAAACCCACUGAAGCUGGUUACCUCCUUGUUCUUACUGAUCGUGAACUUGUUGCUAUUGAUUUGACUCAAACGUCAUGGCCCGUCAUCCCUUCGCCAUACCUCAAGCACCUUGACUGCACUGAAAUUAGCGCUGUUGAUCACAUAUCUAUUCCAGAUCAACUCAUGCUUCGUCUUAAAGAGGCUUCGGGGGCUAAAGGAUUCGAACACUGGCCAGUUAUUGGAGGUCAAAUGAGUGGUGGGUCUUGUGCUGCUGUGGUUCAACACAAUGCAUACCAUGAUCUUGUGGCUAUUGCACAUGCUAAUGCUGAUGUCUCACUCUGGCAUGUUGCUCGUGGUGACUGCUUGGAAUUCCUUGGGCGUGUUUCCACUCUAGAUAUGAUGGCAGAUGCUGGUGAAAUCGGUUUUCUUGCUGAACAAAAGACUGAGGAAGAAGCCUGGCCGCCGUUCAGAAAAGUCGGGGACUGUGCUUGUGAGCUACCGGCUGAAGGUUCUCUGGAUGCUCGUUGUGCAAUCCACAGUCUCUCCCUUCAUUUGGUCGAUGAUGAACUAGUCAUGUUGGUUGGUGGUGGCGCUGGAAACUUUUCACUGUGGUCUACAGCUGGACAAAAGUUCUUCGAACCGGACACUUGCAAGAUUUCUGUUGAUCUCCUAGAUGGAAAAACUGACAAAUUUACUUGGGAAGGUCCAUCAGCAUUCCGACCUGUUGAAGGUUCUUUCACUCUACGUCCCACUUCAACACCAGCCUUCCAUCUCUUUGAGUUGGUUCAAUUCUAUCCACCAUCGGCCAUAACUGCUGCAGCCUAUGAACCAAAAUGGGAAGCCUUGGCAAUUGGUUCUGCCCAUGGAUUCGCUCUCAUUGAUCUCAAAACUCACACGGUAGUCCACAAAUUGCUAACCCAUGGUCUACACAUUGAGGCGGAACCCUUUGUUGCAUCUGUUACUCGUGAAGCCGCUACUAAGAUUGUGGCCAGUGGACGUCAAUUGAAGGCAACUCUACGCGAGUCGUUCCGCAAGAUUCGAAAGAUCCGGCCUCAAGUUUCAGCACCAGCUUCCUCUACAGAGGCCGCUAAAGGUGAUGAUGAGGUCAAGAGAGCAGCAGAAGGUGUUGUUGAUGAAGCUCUUGCGGCUGUGGCAAAAGAGGAAGCUACGCAUGCAGGAGAAAGUGGCACUGAAAUUGUUAAUGAAGCUACUGGGGACCACCCAGUGGGCACAUCAAAACCCUCCGUGACGAUAGCUGAAAAUGAAGUCGAAACUCUAUUACCACAUCAAUUCAAACCCACCGACAGCAAGUCAGGCGUCUCAGCACUGGCCCUCGUUGACACAUAUGUUGUUCCAGGCAUUGCAGCUUCUCCUAAAGACAACCGACCGGCCUUCAAGCCACCUCGUACUGCUACCCUCAUUAUUGGCACUCAGGAGGGUAGUUUGAUCACUCACACCCUCACUUGGCCAGCUGAUAAUGGAUCCAUUGAAGUUAAUAUGGUCAAGGAAGUUAACUUCCAACACGGUGCCCCCAUUAUCUCAAUUUCUGCUCUUGAUAGUAAAGAACACUACUCGCCUGUGUUUACUAACAGGACUCGCUCUGCUGCCGAAGAAAUUCCCAAGCCGCCAGAGCCAGUCAAGCCAAGGGAAGAAAAAUCAACAGGAGAGGUGACAGAAAAGCCGCCUGUGGAAGGUGAAGAGCCUGCCGUCACAACUUCCGCGCCUGUAGCACCACAAGGGAACACCGAGGCGGUUGCUGAGGGAAAUGAAAGAAAAGAAUCAUUGGCGGCCAAGUCAGUUGUUAGUCACGAAUUGCUUAUCUGCACUGCUGAGCAAGUUCGCAUACUUUCACUGCCCUCACUGAAGACCAGGAACAAGUACCACUUCUGGGAUAAGACUAAUGCUGUUAUGCACGGAACAUUGAAGCCCAAGUCGUUGCUAUACCGUAGGAAGUCAGAAUUUGCCUCAUCUACUACUUCAAAUACUGCCGCUACAUCAGUAGAGGUGGCUCCACUUACAACUACGGCCUCUACUGCUUGUCAAGAGAAUGUUGAUGCCAAAGAAGCCGAGCACGUAACAGACGAGGCGCCAGUUGUAAGCCCAGAGGAAGAUAUUGUUGAACCAGGAGAAAAACAAGAAGAAACUGCUGUGUCCUUGUCUACAUCAGAAAAAUCACACGCUCACUCCCUCCGACGCGUUGUCUCGUUCGGUCUUCAAAAGAUCCCCACAGGAGUUACUGAAACUGAAGAAUAUCACGCCGUAGUGGGCUUGAAGAACGGCCGUCUUCACGUUCUCACUAUUCCCGGUCUUCGCAGAAUUUUGAAAGCUACCUGUUGUGAACACCCACCUUGUCACAGUGGCAAGUCCAUGCCCACUCAAGGCAUCACUAAUGCCUGUGUAUCAAACUCUGCCAACUUAUCUUUCUGGCCAGUUGGUGGUUGUGUUCUGUUGGCUAAUGAGAUCUCCUACACAACGCCACAACGACUUAUAUCUCCAGUCUGUGUUCAUGGUCUCAAGUUAACCGAGGGAGAUGCGACGUACUGCGUGUGUUUGCCGGAGUGGGCUAGACCGAAACCUCCAUCAGCACCGACUAAUGCGAACUCUGCUCUCUCUGCCGCAGAUACUGCAAAUGUGGAUUCUAAUGCUAAAAUUGAUGCACACGACGAAACGAAAAAGAUGGAGACGGAGGAUGCGGUUAACGAUUCCAUCAAGGACGAAUUGAAGGGAACCAUCGUCCCCGAUCUUAAAGAUUCAGCUGACACUGCCAAAGAAGUCACUGAUUUCACAAAUGACAUUACGAAGGGAAUCAUUGCGGAUGGGAAUGGGACAGUGACUGUGAAGACAACUGAAAGCUCUUUGGAGAAACAUACUGUCAUUGAAGGUGGCAAUGUUAUGACAACCGUCCAUGAGACCGAGCGUAUCGAUGGUGAGGUUGUCAAGGAUGACAUUGUUCAAGUGAAAUCUGAUGUUGAUGAUAGUUCGGCCACCAAGCAUGAAGGUUAG